UCUCGUUACAAACCUGGGAAAGUAGUUCACUUCCAACAAUGGUGACCGUCUUACGAUUAAAGGUCGGAGUACUUCUCCUCAGUUUCGCAGUUGUCGUUUACGUGUCGCUUGGAGCGUUUCAAAUCGACGUGACACGAGGAAUUCACGACGCAUUCAUUCGAAAUCAUUCCCAGUUUUAUAUCCAGCCAAUGAAUACGUACGUCAAUUCACCUAGUGUUAAAAGUUCUAUGCAGGACGAAGUAAUAUGGCAGUCUGAUCAAAAUUUCACGAUCAUUCAACGUGAUUUUUACUUAUACCUAGCAAGCCAAUUACGUGACACGCCCUAUCCUGGGGUUGAGAACUAUACGCGUUAUGUUGUCGCUCAAUCAGGGAUGAAACCCUUGCAUGGUGUAAAAAGAUUACGACCGGAUUUCGGUCCUGUGCUGAAUGACGUUACGUUUUACCAAUAUCCUAUCGCAAUUCAGUCCUGUCAAAGCAAAAUUUAUAGUAAUAGUGCCUCUACUCUAUUCGUGGCAAUCAUUUCUGCGCCUAGUUAUUUCCACAAACGCAAAAUAAUCCGACAAACGUGGCUACGUCAUUUGCAAAUGCAGUCGGAUCUUGGAUCAGUGAACCUUAUUGGACACGCGUUUGUAGUCGGUUUACCAGCAAACGAAGAAAUCCAAAAGCAAAUCGAAGAAGAGAAUGAAACACAUCACGACAUUCUCCAGAUUGAAAUGAUGGACCACUACUAUAAUCUUACAGUUAAAGUAGUCGGGCUAUUGAACUGGAUAAAUGAUCACUGUUCGCAAGUAGAUUUCGUCUUAAAAAUCGAUGACGACGUCUACGUCAACACCAAGAAUUUUCUAACGGUAAUCAGAAGCCUCAACGCUUCAGAGCAAAGUAUUUAUGGUUCCAUCGUGAACAGUCUCCCAUUAAGAGAAGGGAAAUGGUACAUCAGCUGGGAUGACUGGCCUUGGUCUAACUAUCCGGUGUAUUUCAGUGGAGCAGCUAUUAUUUUACCUGGUUCUACAAUAGCUCCUUUAUUGGCGGCUGCACAAACAAUUCCGUACAUCCCUUUCGAUGAUACUUUCCUCACUGGAUUAUGCACUAGCAAAGCCGGAAUCAAAGUACGCGACUCUUAUUGGUUUUUUGUUCCGUGGGUAGAAGAUGUACCGAAUCCUUGCGAUGUGUACACCACUGUUACUUGGCUGACUGUGUCUGUUGAACAUCUCAACAGAUCUCAUUGGGCCACAAAAGAUUUUUAUACGAACGUGACCCAGUGCAUCUUAGGUGAAUCAGAUGGUUCCAACAGAACUGCUGAUCCGAUGGAGGAUCUCAUCUUUUCUUUUUCAGUCUGAACUGUAGGUAUUUUGAUGAGAGCUUUUAUAAAAUUC